CACCGACCAUUGGCGCCAUUACACAAACGGAUUAUUGAUACAAUCUAAUUCAUUAUUGGUGAAAUCUAAUUGAAUAUAGUAAUUAACUAACUCUCUCGUUAAGACUGCGCUCAACGAUGAGUGGAACAUGUAAUUUUCUGCCGUUUCUAAUUUACAACAGCAGCUAAUGGAACGACAAGUCGAAAGCAAACGCAUAAACAGCAUGACUGUAACGUUGGAUCUUUCAGUAUCUUGGUGGUAGCUGGUUCGAUAAACGUCACGUUGGAUUUUACGACCAAGUUUUUGCGAUGAAAAUAAUCCCGUGGUACCAUGAAGUCUAUUACGCCGAUGCGGAGCUUCGCGUCAACUUCGGAACACGAUCGCUGGCAAUAUAUCGCCCCCAUAAAACGGCGCUAUAGUGAUCACGACGACAUCUUCGUAGCGUCUGCCAGUUUAUUGUGUUCAUCAUGGCUUCGACUGAAUCCUUGGUUUGUGAUACACUCGAUUUAAGUGGUCAAGGCCUUAAGAAGCUUUCCCGUUGUCCGUCGGAUGCAGAUAUCAGUACAUUGAUCAUAGACGAUAAUGAAAUUCAGCGUCUCGAUAAUCUUGAUUCUUACCAUAGAAUUACCAAGCUUUCAAUAGUAAGAAACCAACUAUUACGGAUGUAUGGUAUAUCAAAGUUACAUAAUCUUGUAACACUUAAUUUAGCAAAUAAUGGUAUAUUGACCAUAGAAGGUAUAAAGGACAUGAUAAAUUUGCAAACGCUUUGUUUAGCUGGCAACAAUAUAAAGUCUAUCGAACAUUUACAUACAAAUACUAAAUUGGAGCAUUUGGACUUAUCUGAAAAUAGUAUCAGCCAUAUUUCAGAUAUUUCAUACCUACGAAAUUUAAAGGAACUUUUUUUGCAUAAUAAUCGUAUAAUAACAUUACGGCAAUGCGAACGCUACUUACCUACUUCUUUAGAAACAUUUACAUUGGCAAAUAAUAAUAUUACUGAUUUAAAUGAAAUGUCGCAUUUAGCUAAUUUAGAGAAUCUAAUAAAUUUUUCGAUUGCCAAUAAUCCAUGUGUCAGUAUGACAGGUAACAGUAUUGGAUUUAACUAUCGUCCUUUUGUUAUCAAUUGGUGUAUGAGCUUGAAAUCAAUUGAUGGCUAUCCUGUUGAUCCUCUUGAAAGUUUAAGGGCAGAGUGGCUAUAUUCUCAGGGACGCGGUAGACAAUUUCGUGUUGGUGAACAUUCACUGCUUGCUCAGUACCUAGCCUCUGUUUGCCCACUUUCCGGCGAAUCGUUAGAAAAUGAAACUGACAGGAAGCUUAGGCUGAUUUUGAGUAAAGCACAACAUCAUCAGCAACAAUUAAGUCAACAAAGUGAUACUGGAAGCGUACACAGCUUAAGUAGCGUCGGAAUGAGUCCUUCUCCAGCCACUAGGCGUAGACUUAGUCAUAACAGGACAAGUUCUCCUAGACGUGCCAUUGCGCCAAUGUUGACAUACUAUGAAGAUAAAUGCUUACAAUCACCAAAAUUUUAUGAAGCAAAGUACUGUGUGUGCCAUUCACCUUGUAAAGGUACGUCGAGAAAUUCGUUAAGAAUAAGAUCACCGGACAGAAUGGUAGCUAGUUGUCACACAGAUGCUAUGGUUUCUUCAUGUCACACUCUGUUAAAUGAAAAUCAUGAAUCAUUGAUGACUCAAAGUUUAGAUCCAAAUAUGCUCUGCGGUACCCUCGGUAAUAAGGCAUCAAAUAUUGCUAUUUCACAAAGCAUAGAAGAAACAUCUAGUCCUCUACAAGCUGCAACAAAAUUGGUACCAGUUCCAGAGUCUUUAAUGAGCCCAGAUUUUCGUCCACCUUCUGGUCUUUCACGAGUUUUACCAAAAACUCCACCAAGCAAAUUAACAUCACCAUGUCAAAUUACGAUGCCCAGUAAACCUACAUCCGACGGUGACGGCAAGGCUAUUCCAAUUAUAAAUACAGUAAAUCCAAUGGCAAAAACGAAUCUCAGUUCUUUAAAAGCGAAUGCGCUUGUAAAAAGUAAUUCUGCAACAAAUUGCAGUAUUGGGAAACCAAAUAUCGCUAAACCGAUUGUCACGAACGUUAAUAAAUGUCCCCAUAGUGUGAAAAUUAAUAAUUAUGUUCAGAGUAAAACAUUGCCUGGAAAACGAAGUACGAAAAAUUCGCCAAAUCUAGGCAGAAACAUACAACGACCAAAAAGUGCAAGUGACAGAAUUAAAAGUGGCGUAAUUAAAAAAAGUGGAGAUGGAGAUGCAGGUAAUGUUACUCAAAGUAGCGACGAAGAUAGCGAAGUGUGUCAGGCAAAAUUAGAUGGUAUUCGCCAUAGGGCUAUUCAAAGAAGGCAGGAGGAUAGCAAUAAAGAUCAAGAUGAAACUGAGAAAGCAGCGAUUUGCAUCCAAAGGAUGUGGAGAGGCUACCAUACUAGGAACCUCAAUAAAAAAGCAACCAAUAUACUGAAGACUAUUGAAAUGACCAGAACAAAUAAAUAUAUCCAAAAACUUUCUACCGACAUGGAAGCCACUAGGACAGCUUUAGAAAGCGAACAUAAAUUGCAAUUAUUACAAAUGCAAGCGAUUAACGCGCUAUGGAAAAAAGUUGUUAGUCUUCAGCCUAAUAGUAACCGAGAUCCUACAAGCAACGAUAAUGAGAACAUUACACAAAAUGUAGACGUUGUGACCAAUUUAGCACAAACGUGUAAUUUGUUACACACUCAGGUUCAACAACUACAAGAUUCUAUGUCAGAGAUAAAACGAUGCAUGUCGAAUAUGCAAUCAAAGCCAAUGGUUGUUGAUAAUGGAGUUGCAACUCAAACUGAAAUAUCUGCUGUCCAUACUCCAGCAGGCGAAGAAAAUACAUUUCCUUAUGCACGGGCACAUAGACCACAGACAUUGCCGAUUCAUCAAACCCUUCAUGAAGGAAACGAGAGUAAAAGUUUUGCAUCUAAUCUAAUAGACAGUGUGUUAAAGAAAGUCUCUCAAUCUACUGAUACAACGGAUGAUGAAGUUAAUACUGACAUACUAAAUUCUAAUGAAAAUCCUGAGCUGAUAAAUUCAAAUGAACAUCCUGAUAUGUUCAAAAGUUGUGAAGAAAUUGUUGAAUCUGAUUUUAAAAACGUAAUGGAGCAUGAUGACAAGAACGAAUAUGAUGUAAUUGACAAUACCGUAUUAAAUGGUGAAGUUUGCGAGGAAGCACUAUGUAAAGAAUUACAUCAUUUAAUUGAAACAGAAAUUACGACAGAAAAUUGCACAAACCUUGAAAAAGAAGAUAGUUCGGAAGAAGUUGAGAAAGAACAGCUUUAAUCUGAGAAAAUGCACAGUAAAUAAUAAGGAAGAAAAUGAAGGUGCAAAGUUAUAAGCUCUGAAUAGAAAUUAUGAAAAUGAAAUGCGAAUUCCAUCAAAUAGUGUCCAAUACACGAGUGAAAUUAAUGCAUGUAACUAAAAAUGCUCACUGUACAUAAGUUCAAAAAGUGAUCUUAAUUAGACUGAGACGACAAAGUUUUAUGGUUUUAGUCGCACAAUAUUUCCUACAGUUUAUAACAAAGGAAGAUCAGACACUUUUAUCAAAAUUUAAAAACUUGCCACGAUAUAAAUAAAGAUAAAAAAAAAAGUACCAAUUACAUAAUAUUAACAAAAUCGUGUCGAUAAACAGUUUUAUCAUAUAUCGUCGUACAUUGUGGUCAUUGAAGCAAUUUUGAAAUUUUUCCGUCCACAUAUCUGGUUUCUGAAAUUUUCAUCGAUGUACAAAGUGUGUAUUAAUAACGUUGUAUAUCGUAUAAAGCUUUGCCCCUUCUUAAAAACAACAAAUAUUACUGUACAGGAUGAACUACCCACUUGGCACCGUGAAUUCCAAUGCCGUUUGUCGAUUCUCAGAUUGAAGUAACUGUAGAAUCGUAGAAGAGAGUUUUGAUAUGUAAAAGCAUUCCUUAUUAAUGGCAGAAGAAUUUUUCGUUUUGCCAAGAAGUUGCCCGAAUAACAUUAUAUAGGUAAUUAUUAUUUUUAUGUAUUUAUUUUCUUAUUUAUUUAUUUAUUUAAAAACAUGAGCUCUAGCGAAAAUUGAUAUUACUGGCAAAGGUAGUAGAUAACGGAAACAUUUUUAAUCUAGUCACUGCGAUAACUUGUAUGCUUAUAACUGCUGUAGAUAUUAACUGAAAC